AUUGUCAAAGAAAAGUCAAAACAAAAACACGCGAAUUUGCGUUUUGUGGAAUAUUCUCGAAAAUUUCGUGAAUUUUUGUUUAUUUUGAGGAUGUCAGGUAGUGAAGAUGAGGAACAGCAGCCCACAGGACCCAUUGAGAAUGCCUGGGGUCUGAAAAUCCCCGAAUUCAAGCCAGAAGACAAUCCUCAUGGAUUGCUGGAGGAGAGCUUCUUUGCCACGCUGUUUCCCAAGUACCGGGAAAAGUAUCUGAAGGAAUGUUGGCCUCUGGUUAAGAAGUGUCUCGAGGAGUAUCAAAUUCGAGCUGAAUUGGAUUUGAUUGAGGGCAGUAUGACGGUGAAAACUACACGAAAAACCUGGGAUCCGUACAUCAUCAUCAAAGCCCGGGAUAUGAUUAGGCUUUUGGCCAGGAGUGUACCUUUUGAGCAAGCCAAGCGCGUGCUAGAGGACGAAGUGGGAUGCGAUGUCAUACAAAUUGGGAAGAUCUGUCGGAACCGCGAGAAGUUUGUCAAGAGGCGUCAGAGGCUAAUUGGGCCAAAUGGAGCAACGCUGAAGUCCAUUGAACUCCUCACAAAUUGCUACGUGAUGGUUCAGGGGAAUACUGUGGCAGCUCUGGGACCCUACAGAGGCCUCCAGUAUGUCCGGGACAUUGUUAUCGACACAAUGAAUAACGUCCAUCCGAUCUACAACAUCAAAGCCCUGAUGAUAAAACGAGAACUGGCCAAAGAUCCAAAGCUAAAAGGCGAGGAUUGGACGCGUUUCCUGCCUAAAUUCCGCAGCAAAAAUGUCAAGAGGAAGCAACCGAAGGCAAAGAAACCCAAAAAGGAGUACACACCAUUCCCGCCGCCGCAGCCAGAAAGCAAGAUUGACAAGCAACUGGCGUCCGGAGAGUACUUCCUCAAGGAGGACCAGAAGCGAGCCAAGAGGCUCAAGGAGCGCGAGGAGAAGCAAAAGGUAGCCGCCAAGAAACAAGAAGAAAAGCGUAACAAGGAUUUCCAGCCUCCGGAAGAAGAGCCAGCCGGAAAGAAGAAAAAACUGAAAGAGCAGGAAGCUAAAUUGGAUGUGAAGAAGCUCAAGGAGAAGAUUAAAAAAGCUAAUAAAAAUAAAUAAAUGUAAUUCAUGUUUUCAUUUUUCUGCCUGAAGAAAAAUUCAAAAUAAAACGAUACACAUCGCUGAA